AUGACCAUUUCACCGGCACCUUAUGCGUAUUCAACUCCUAAUAGCGAGUUGAUCAAGCAGUUGAAGUUGCAGGUGCAUCCUGAGGGUGGCUACUUUGUAGAGACAGACAGACGAGAGGAGCAGGUCCCUUCCCCAUAUGCAGGCGGUCAAGACCGAUCAUUAGCAACGUCGAUAUAUUAUCUCCUGACGGCUAGUCAGCCUAACGGCGUUUGGCACAUGAACAAGUCCGUGACCUACCACGUCCUUCACCAAGGUCGAGCUGAAUACACUCUCAUCCACCCCACAAACCCACCUCGUAUCGAGACAAUGAUCAUGGGCGAUAACGCCGCUGCCGGGGAGACGCGCAUGCUUCUCGUAGGCACCGGCGUCUGGAAGAAGUCUCGCAUUCUUCCUGAGGAUCUCAAAGCAGCUCAAACGGAUGAGCAGAAGGAAAGGGUAGGCUGCUUGAUCACCGAAGUCGUGGUCCCCGGCUUCCACUGGGAAGAUCACAAGUAUCUGACGAUGGGCGAGUUCGAUGCGCUGUUCGAGGGUGCGUCGGAAUCGGAUAUGAAGGACAAGGAGACUCUGAGAGCGUUCGUAAAGAAGGUUUAG